AUGAAUGUAUCAAAGUAUCGCCACAUCACUGGCAAAAUAGAUAAGCGAGAGAAUUGGUACCCUGAUAUUAGUACUUCACAGUCGUCAGCGGCAUCUACAUUCAUUCGUGCCAGCGCAAACUUUGUCGCAGUCAAUUGGCAAUCGGGCACAGGUGCACUCGGUGUGAUCCCAUUGGCAAGCGUCGGAAAGCGCAAGGGUGAGGUGUACAUGGUGCACGCACACUCGGGUCAGAUCGCCGACUUUGACUUCUCGCCAUUCGACGACUCAUUGCUCGCCACCAGCUCGGAUGACGCCACCAUCAAGCUUUGGUCGCUGCCAGAGAAUGCCUCGGGUGCCAAGCUCACCGAGGCCACAGCCACAAUGUCUGGCCACCAAAAGGUGGUCGAGACCAUCCAAUUCCAUCCAACUGCCGUUGGCGUGCUGGCAUCGGGCUCGGGAGACAAGACCGUCAAGGUGUGGGACCUCGAGACAGCAUCAGAGAAAUACAGCGUUGGUUGCUUCGACAAUGGCGUCACUGGUAUCGCCUGGAACUAUGACGGCAGUUUGUUGGCCGCAGUCUCAAAGGACCUCAAGAACCGCGUGUUUGAUCCACGUGUUGGCGAGCCAGUGGCCGUCGGCGAGGGACACCAGGGUAUCAAGGCCGCCCGUGUCGUAUGGCUUGGAAACAGCGCCUACUUUGUCACCGCUGGCUUUGCCAAGUCACGCGAGAGACAGCUCAGCAUGUGGGACAGCCGCGAUCUCAGCAAGGUGAUCAAGACCAUCACCCUUGACAGCUCAACAGGCAUCAUCAGCCCAGUCUACGACGUUGAUGCACAGCUGCUCUUUAUUAGCGGCUCGGGCGACAGUACAAUCAGAACAUUCGACAUGAACACACAGUUCACCACCGAGCCAGCCUUCCAGGAGUUGAGCGCUGCUCCCUCUGACACCCCAGCCAAGGGCAUCUGUGCCGUGCCAAAGCGCGCACUCGAUGUUAUGGAGGUUGAGAUCGACAGACUUCUCAAGGUCACAGCAAACAACGUCAUCCCAGUCGUCUACUCGAUGGCCAGGAAGUCCAAGAGCCAGUUUGCCGAUGAUGUCUUCCCCAUCUCUGCCACAACCACCCCCGCACUCCAAGCCGCCGAGUACUAUGCCGGCGAGAACAAGGUUCCAGUGCUUGCCACUCUCGACCCAGCUUACCGUCCAAAGCCAAAGCAGAGCUCAAGCAGCAGCAGUGGAAGCGAGGAGUCCAAGUCUGUGUUCUCGUCGUGCUUCAGCUCAAACAACACUGACGAGACAGAGGUUGCUAACGAUUCGCCAGUCGCAGAGUCCACCACCCCACCCUCGGGUCAGUCGACCCCACCCCUUGGCAGACGCGAGCCAGACGUCCAGCGCACUGGUAUCAUCCCCAAGAUCGUCCGUACCUCCAAGUACCGUCACAUUGCUGGUGUUUCCAUGCCAAAGACCUCUCACUACACCAACCUCAAGGUGUUUGGUAACACUUCCAACACAUGCAUUGCCGCCAACUCUGAGUACGUGGCCGUCCCCUGGGUCGGCACUGGUGGCCCAUUGGCUGUCAUCCCCAUCUCGCAGGUCGGUCGUCAGAUCACCGUGCCAUGCAUUGAGAUUGGCAACCAGCUGCUCGACUUUGACCUGUCGCAGUUCAACCCAUCGCUCAUUGUGACCGGCGCUGAGGACUCGCACAUCAAGAUCUGGAAGGUGCCAGAGGGUGGCCUGCCAAAGACCAACAAGAUCCUCAACUACACCAACUUUGAGGCCGACCUCAUUGGUCACAACCGUAAGAUCGUCAGUGUUAACUUCCAUCCAACCGCUGAGAACGUCGUCAUCUCUACCGGAGGUGAUAUGGCCGUGAAGCUAUGGGACAUUGAGCAGCAAAAGGAGCGUCUCUCCAUCAACAACAUGCACACAGACAUGAUCACCAGCGUCAGUGUCAGCAGCAAGGGUGACCUAUUCCUCACUGGUUGCAAGGACAAGAUGAUGAGAGUCAUUGAUCCAAGAUCCAACCAAUUGGUAUCUGAGGUUGCAUCACACUCUGGAGUCAAGGGAUCAAAGGCCUUGUGGCUUGGAGACACCAACAACAUCUUCUCCGUCGGUCACAACAAGACAUCGGAGCGUGAGUACAGUUUGUGGGAUGCAAGAAACUUGGCUGCUGGUCCAACCACAACCAAGGGACUCGAUCAGCUGGCUGGUAUCAUCACACCAUACUAUGACGAGGACACUGGAGUUGUCUACAUGGCUGGCAAGGGAGAUGGUACGAUUCGCAUGGUCGAGAUCAAUGAUCAAGAGCCAUUCGUCCACUUCCUCACCGAGUACGCCAGCGGCACACCUCAGAUGGGCAUUGCGCCAGUCUCCAAGCACUUGCUCAACGUCAAGAAGUGCGAGAUUGCUCGCUUCUUCAAGGUCAGCGACACAACCGUCGAGCCACUGCAGUUCACCGUGCCACGUAACAGACUGGAGUUCUUCCAGGACGAUAUCUACACACCAACACGUGUCAACACACCAACAAUGACUGCCGAGCAAUGGUUUGGUGGCGCAUCGGAGGAGCCACAACGCGUGUCACUGUGUCCAUCGGACAUGACACCACUUUCCACCGCACCCGCCGUCGUCAAGAAGGAUCUGAGCAGCAAGUUUGCCGAGGUCGUCGUCGAUGACACUCCAAGCAGAAACCAAGUGAUCAACAUGUUCCUGGAUCGUGUCGUCUCACAACGUGAUGUUGAGGAGCCAACCAAGAAGCAAGAGGAUGAGUCACCAUGUGUCAGUGACAGUGAGUGGGAUUAA